AUGAACGAUAAUAGUAGUAGUAGCUAUCCAUAUGCCUUUGAAGAACUUAAGCUAUAUUUUCUGUGGACAUUGGAGAAUAAUAUCGCCCCAGUAUUUUCAGAAUUUAUUCGUUUGCACAUUGAUUUCGUAGCCAGAUCUCCUCCAGAAUCAAAUCAACUAUCAGCACUACAAGGCGCAUGGAUAAAACGGUUUACCAGUGCAGCGACUAUUUUGGGUAUAUCAAAGGUGACUAUUCCUCUAUUUUAUUUUGUAUUUAAUGGAAUCUGGGUCAGGUUUCGCCCUGAACUCAGAUUAAAGGUCAGGUUUCGCCCUGAACCGAUGUUACUAGGGAAUCUGGAUAUAGGUGUUGUCCUCUCCCAAGUGAUUAUGGUGGAAGCUUCAGUCAGGUUUCGCCCUGAACUGCGGUGGUUAGCCGAAGAUAUGCCUGAUUGGUCUUGUGUAUUAGAAAGGAGAUUUGAGAAUCGGAUUUCAAGUACUCGUCGAGAAAAGACAUUUACGAUGUACUUAAAUGAGAAUCAAGAUGUCGGGGAGCAAUUGUUAGAAGGUCAAAGAAAACAAAGUAAUAAAAAGAAUGUGAAUCUUGGAAGUUGCUCAAAUGAAAAAGAUAUCGAAAAUACUACGAAUAAAAAGGCAAAAACAUUUAACAGCUCGUUUGAUGUAUAUGUUGGCUCAAAUGAAGGCUCAUGUGAUAUACUUGACUUUACAGAAUUUGAUGAAUCAUAUUUAGCAAUGAAUCCGGAAAAAAUGUGGAGACUAAAAACCGGGCGAAAAGUCGAGGAUAUAAUUUAUCAGCAUGCAAAAACAUUACAUAAAGAGUCAUCUUUACAUUCUUUUAUAGUAAAUGACGUUGACAAGGAUACAAAGGCAAUAUUUUCAGAUGAAGAAUGGGAAGAGAUUUUCUCUACGAACGUUCAAAAGAAGCCAAAAGUUGAAACUUCAUUGCUUGAAUUAAUUAAAAAAUAUUCCCUAGAUAAUGUAAAAGAUUUGCGUAAAUCUCUUUUACAGCCAUUUAUACAAAAUGAAGAAGAAUUUAAUAGAGAAUUGCAUUAUGAUCUUGACUAUAUAAACUAUGCAUAUCGAGGAAUGCUUUUUUUAUGGGAAGCAGAGAAUAAUUUUACCUCUGACCAGUCAAAGCUAGAAGGUUGGUUUCAAAGUAACGUAUGGAGUAGAAUAAUCGAUCCAGCAUUUCAUAAUACAGCAUUUGAAUUAUUAAGGGGUGAAAGUAUGAGCUUCGCCUCAAGUGACAGAAAGAAUGAUGGUAGAACGGCUUUUGAUCGCAAAAAAAUAGGAAGGAAGGGAGACGGAAUUUUCAGAAUUACAGCAGAUCGCAUGGAGUUAGGAGCCGUAGAAUCUGGUCGUGAUUGGGAAGGACUGAACGGAACGAAGUAUUUGAAAGACAGUUUGAAGUUAAAUAAGAUGUUAAAAGACAUGAUUACAAAUCUUAUUUCUGAGUGCAGUUCUAAUACAAGUAGGCAGUUGCAAGUUAUUGGAAUUUUAAAUGGGGGGAACAGAUUACAAACGAUUGAAAUGGAUACACCGAAGGGUUACAUUUCCCGUGUUAAACGUGGCAAAAUUUAUGAAGUUACUGGUCGUUUAACGAAAUCACAGCCAUUGGCUUUUGUCAUCAAGGAAAUUUUACGUGCAAAAGCAACAAUUGUCAGAACUUUGAAUUUGCUUAAUAAUGAUAAAUUGAACUAUUUAUUAGACGAUGACACUGAUGAUGACGAGUGCAAUAACACAAAAAAUAGCUCAGAAAAAUCUCGGAACUCUACACCUCCACUUACUUUGCCUAAAACGUUUUCCACACCACACAAUGAAAGGACGCAAGAUAAAUUAAAAAAAUGA